GGAAUAUUUCCACUGGUUUUUAGGGUUCUAAACUAUUCAAGCUUCGUCGAGGAAGAGCGUCGCUAUGGCGCAGCUGCCUCCUCUGGAGAAUGCGCCGAUCAAUCUCAUCGGAUUGAGGAAGGAAGCGCAGCUGGAUCUUGUCGAGGCGCUCGAUUCGAUGCGGGGGAGGAAGCUCCUGGUUCUGGAUCCCAAGCUCAGUGGACCGCUCACACUUAUCGUCCAGAUUUCUCUUUUAAAGGAACAUGGAGUGGAGAAUUUAUCUCAUCUCUCCGGAGAUCCAAUUCAGUCCGAUUGCACGAACGUUAUUUAUAUUGUCAGGCCUCACUUGACCUUGAUGAAACUUAUAGCCGCUCAGAUCCAACAUGAUAAACGAAACCAACAGGAAAGGCAGUACUCGCUGUAUUUCAUGCCCAGAAGAUCUACAGCGUGCGAGAAGGUCUUAGAAGCAGAAGGAGUACACGGUGGCAUUACUUUUGGCGAGUACCGCAUGUUUCCUAUACCCUUUGACGACGAUGUACUGUCUCUGGAGCAUGAGCUUGUUUUGAAAGAGCUUCAAGUCGACGGUGACCCGACCUCUUUGUGGGAUUUGGCACUGACAAUUAACAACCUACAGUCGCGGUUUGGUCUUAUUCCAAAUGUGAAGGGAAAGGGUGACGCUGCAAAGAAAGUCUUCAGUAUCAUGAAGAAAAUGCAAGAAGAACAAGCUUUGACUACUCCCGAAGGACAACCGGAAAUCGACACACUAAUCCUUCUCGACAGACAGGUGGACCUUGUAACUCCGAUGUGCUCUCAGCUGACCUACGAGGGUCUUGUCGACGAGUUUUUAAACAUAAACAACGGUUGUGUUGAGCUGGAUCCUGCAAUUUUGGGUGGGGACAAGAAGGUGAAGGUUCCACUGAACUCAAGUGACAAAUUAUAUAGAGAUCUACGUGAUCUCAACUUUGGAGUUGUGGGAGGGAUUUUACGUGAAAAAGCAGCUAGCAUGAAGCAAGAUUAUACGGAUGUUAAAACUACUAACCAAGAAUUCUCAGACCUCAAGAAGUUUGUCAAAAAGAUGCAUGCACUUCCGGAGAUGACGCGACACAUUGAUAUUUCUCAAUAUUUGACCACGUUUACCAGGAAGCGCUCGUUCAUGAGCCGGUUGAUUAUGGAGCAGACUCUCGUUGAAGGUCAGGAAUAUGAUAUUUGUUAUGAGUAUAUCGAAGAGAUGAUCAACAAGCAGGAGCCACUGAUCAGCGUUCUGAGACUGCUCGUUAUUCUCUCAGUAACGAACAAUGGCUUACAGAAGAAGCAUUUUGAUUACUUCCGAAGGGAGCUUCUUCAAAGCUAUGGCUGGGAAAAUUUAUUUUUUAUCAACGACUUGGAAAGGGCGGGGCUUUUGCGAAAGCAGGAAUCAAAGAGCAAUUGGCUGACUCUGAAACGGGGCCUCAGAUUGGUGGUGAGCGAUACGGACGACUCAAAUCCAAAGGAUAUCUCCUACGCAUUCUCGGGCUAUGCUCCUCUGAGCAUUAGACUGGUACAACAUGCACUGCAUGCUAGUGGCUGGCGAGGGAUUGAGGAUAUGAUGAAGCUGCUUCCCGGAGCGACUUUCGAAGAACGACAGGGAUCACAGCAGCAAAGAAGAAGUAGCUUCUCUCACAGACCACCGUCUUUGACCAACUUAACAACAGGACAUCAAAGAAUGCCAUCAGCGAACAACUUAACCGACCUCGCGAACAACGUGGACGGUCGCCGAGCACUGGUGCUGGUGGUUUUCAUUGGCGGAGUCACCUUUGCCGAGAUAUCAGCCCUGCGAUUCCUGAGCGCUCAGGAAUCGAUGAAACAUGACGUGAUUGUGCUUACCACGAAGCUGUGCAAUGGAACAAGCUUUCUCCAGAGCCUCCAGACCAACCCCUUGGGCGGAUGAAGCACUCAUUCUCCUCGAGGUGAGUGGCUGCUAAUGUUGGGCUUAAGUUAACUUUCCCAUAUGCCAUGAGCCAUGCUGCGAGAUAUCAAAACCUGGCUAUAGGCCAAAUUCCGUUGUACAGUACCAAAGCUGGAUUGUCCCAUUCCACCUAAAUGGUGUCGAUCAUUUCCACGCCCCCCUCUAGCGGGGCAUGCCGUUCGUUUUA